AUGGCUCUCCCAGGCCGCCAAAGGCUUCAUACUUCGCCAUUCCUCUCCUUCGCAAUCCUCCCAAUUCUCGUCUUUCUCCUCAGCUUUGCAGGAUCAGCUUCCGCAGCUGGAUCCGCCGUUCUCGGUGUCGAUGUUGGCACAGAAUACUUUAAAGCAACACUAGUUAAACCUGGUAUUCCUCUCGAAAUCGUCCUCAGCAAAGACUCGAAGCGCAAGGAAGCCGCUGCUAUCGCAUUCAAGCCUACACGAGACUCAUCCGCGGCUUUCCCUGAACGGUUCUACGGCGGUAAUGCGCUGGCCCUGGCGGCUCGCUACCCGGACGACGUCUACAUCAACCUGAAGACACUUCUGGGCGUGCCUUUUAAUGAUGGAAAUAAUGAUGUGAUUAAGAAUUACUGGAGCCGGUUUCCAGCACUGAAUCUCGAGAGUGCCCCCGAUGGCCGUGGCUCUGCUGCUCUCCGCAGCAAUCGACUCGGCGAAGCGGAGAAGAAGGAUGCGUUUUUGGUCGAGGAGAUUUUGGCCAUGCAGUUGAAGCAGGUUAAGGAGAACGCCGAUGCCUUGGCUGGAAAGGGCUCCGAUGUCCGCGACGUCGUUAUUACUUAUCCCGCUUUCUACACCGCGGAGGAGAAGCGGAGUCUUGUGUUGGCGGCGGAGCUGGCAGGUUUGAAGAUCGAGGCACUUGUCAGUGAUGGUUUGGCUGUUGGUUUGAACUACGCCACUUCCCGACGAUUCCCUAGUGUUACAGAUGGCGAGAAGCCGGAAUAUCACGUCGUCUUCGAUAUGGGAGCUGGCUCAACCACUGUCAGUGUUUUGCGCUUCCAGAGCCGUCAGGUCAAGGACGUUGGCCGUUUCAACAAAACCGUCCAGGAAGUUCACGUUCUUGGAGCUGGUUGGGAUAAGACCCUUGGAGGCGACUCGCUCAAUGAUCUCAUUGUUGACGAUAUGGUUGCCAAGUUGGUUGAGGACAAGAAGCUUAAGGACAAGGUCACUCCGGCACAGGUCAAGGCGCACGGAAAGACAAUGGCGCGUCUGUGGAAGGAUGCGGAGAAGAUCCGACAGGUUCUGAGUGCCAACACCGAAACAUCUGCCAGCUUUGAGGGGCUUUACGACGACGAUUUGAACUUUAAGUACAAGAUCACCCGCGCCGCUUUCGAGAAGAUGGCUGCUGAACAUGUGGCUCGCGUCGGUUUUCCUUUAGAGCAAGCUCUAGAGGCCGCCAAAUUGAAGCUUGACGAUAUUGACUCCGUUGUCCUGCACGGUGGAGCUAUCCGAACUCCUUUUGUUCAGAAGCAAUUAGAGAAGGUUGUUGGCUCGGCUAAGAAGCUUCGGACCAACGUCAACGCCGAUGAGGCUGCUGUCUUUGGUGCUGCCUUCAAGGGCGCCGCUCUCAGCCCCAGUUUCCGCGUCAAGGAUAUUCGUGCCCAUGAUGCGGCUACCUACCCUGUUGUUCUAAAGUGGAACACUGAUAGCAAGGAGCGGACCCAGAAGCUCUUCACCUCUACUUCCCAGGUUGGCCCGGAGAAGCAGGUGACUGUCAAGAACCUUGAAGACUUUGAGCUCAGCUUCCACCAGCUGGUUGAUGAGAAUGAGCUGCCCGUUUUGAGCGUGCAAACCCAGAAUUUGACCGCGUCAGUGGCCAAGCUUAAGGACACCUUCGGCUGCUCGGCUGCGAACAUUACGACCAAGUUUGCAAUCCGUCUCAGCCCUGUUGACGGCCUUCCCGAAGUGACUGGUGGCAAUGUGAGCUGUGAGGUGGAAGCCGAAAAGAAAGGAAUAGUGGAAGACGUCAAGGGCUUUUUUGGUCUUGGCUCCAAGAAAGAUGAGCAACAGAUCCUCGGUGAGGAUGGCGAACCCGCUGAAUCCAUUACCCUUGAGGCUGAGGCUGAGGCUUCCACAACCUCGUCCGCCAGCGCCUCUACCGCCACCGCUGCCAAGGAGAGCACCAAGGGUACCAAGGUUGAGAUCAUUCCGAUCGCUUUGAAGUCCACACCACUUGGAACCAAGGCCCCCUCGGCCUCCGAGCUAGCUCGCAUUCGUGCUCGCCUGGCUGCCUUCGACGCAUCUGAUCGCGAACGUAUUCUGCGUGAGGAGGCUCUGAACGAGCUUGAGUCUUUCAUCUACCGCAGCCGUGACCUUAUUGAGGGCGAAGAUUUCGUGAAUGCUGUCAAGGCCGACCAGUUGACCACUCUCCAGGAGAAGAUCUCCCAGGCCAGCGAUUGGUUGUACGAAGACAGUGACAAUGCACACACCGCAGACUUCAAGGCGAAGCUCAAGGAUCUGAAGUCCAUUGUUGACCCUGCUCUGAAGCGCAUCCAGGAGGCUUCCUCCCGCCCAGCUCGUGUGGAACUUCUCCAGGAGAUGUUGAAGAAUGCCGAGUCCAUGAAGUCGCUGAUCGAGAGCCAGAUCGCUAUUGACGACGCGGCCUAUUCAUCCUCUCUCUCGGCUUCUAGCACCGCAACCGUCGAAGACGAGACCAACUCCGCUAGCACCCCUACUGCUGCCCCCACCGAUGAUUUGGAUGACCUCGACGACGACGCGUACUCCACUUCUACCAAGAAGACCUCUACCAAGUCUUCCGCCGCCGCAAAGCCAACUGGUCCCAAGUAUACGCUCUUCACCCCGUCGGACCUCACCACCCUGACCCAGGCUUACGACACCACUAAGCCCUGGCUUGAGGCUCAACUCGAGCUGCAAGAGAAGCUCACCGAGUCAGAUGACCCGGCCUUGACUGUUGUGGAAAUCGACUCUCGUCUUCGCGAGUUCGAGCGUAUCCUCAACCGCAUGUACGAGCGUAUGACAGCGGCCGCUGGAAAGGGUCAAAAGGCCGGUGGUGAUAAGGCGAAGAAGGAGAAGUCCGAGAAAAAGACUAAGAACAAGGCCGGCAAGGGCAAUGAGAAGGAGACGGAGAAGGCAAAAGAAGACGAUCGGAAGGAUGAGCUCUGA